UGGCGUACCAAAACAAAUCCUCCAUCCUUCCGUGCAAUGCGAUCCCACACCACCUUCCGGCUCUCUCAGCAAGUUUGUGUGAGCCAGCCUCUGAUAGUGUUCAUAGAAAGACCGAAGUUUAUCCGGAGGUACAGGCGUGAGGAAUGGUGUCCCGGUGCGAUUCAUGCAGGACAGAGCACCUAAAUAACGAGCGACUCACCGGUGUUGUGCCGAACAUUAACCCGCUAUCGGCAGGACGCCCGCUCCGGUCUAUCCCGACAGACAGCAGCGAGGUUUGGUUGAGCUCAGAUCCCAAACAGCUCCCACACAGGUGGGACAGACAGACAGACGGCUGUUUGAAGUUGACGAAAAGAGUCUGGCUCCGCCUCCUCUCCAUAUGAUAUGACAUCACUCUGCGGUUACCACAGAAACCAGGGCUCCACUGCAGACGGUUGACAGCCAAGCAGGUGGUGCGAUGGCUGCCCAGGUUGAGAUUGAUGCUGGGCGGCCAUGUGUAGUUGGGAAUCGUCUGCACCUUAGCCCUCUCAUAGACUCUAGCAACAAGAGCUUGGUGGAAAGUUCAGGUGGCACCCAGGGGCCACUUAUUAUUCCCUCUGAGCCUAACAAACCUACCCCAGGCCCCAAGCCCAGACUCACCCCAAAACCUUUCACUGUGGAGAAAAAUCCUACUAUACGCUCCAUUUUUGCUCCCAAACCACAGCCAAAACCAAAACCUGAAUCCAGUCAACCAGUUUCCUCCAAACCAGUCCUGCCCAGCACACCUAAACCACAGCCAGCCAGUAAACCCAGUCUACCACCUGCCUUUAAAACAGGACCGAAGCCCAGUGGACAAACAAACAAACCUGUGGCACAACCCUUUAAACCAGCACCUACCAUCGCCUCUACUGAUUUCAACAAAUUUAGAACGACCCAAACUGGGGACGUGCUGAGAAGAACAAGCUUUGGAGCUACACCAGCUCGACCCAAAACUGUUGUUCAGGCCUCCACUCCUGGUGCUGAAUGGCCUUUUGCUCCUCGGAAAAAACAACCCGGCUCUUCAAUCACUCGUGCUAAAUCACUGGGCUUCCUAUCAGAGAUUGGACUGAAUAAUGAGGACAGUAAGCAGGAUUCUGUUGCCAAGGAUGAGAGUUCUCCAACUGUUCUUCGCCCCCAAUCUAAAUGUUCAAGACCCAGACCGGUUUCAGCUGUGUUCCUCCAAAACCCCACUAAGUCUGAGUCUCAGGUUGUGUCCCCUACACCUGCUACUCGUUGGACAAAAGGACGACCCCUUUCAUCUGAUCUUACCUCAAAGUUUGAGUCAAUUGGGCUGUCCCUAAACUGGCGACCUGCCAAGGAGGAUGGCAAAGAAAACACUCCUCAAAUGCCAGAGGGUGCUGUAGCUGAGACUCAAGAGAAAGAACAGGGUGCUGAAAAGGCAGAAGGGCCAAAUAAGCCCCCUGUGGUUGAGAAAAGGACUCAAAAGAUUGAAUCGAAAGAUGAGGACUCCAAGAAAGACUCUAAACCUGAGGAUACAGGAGGUAGCAGUAUAAAGAGACGCAUCAGCUUGCUCUUGGACUCUUCUUCUUCCUCCUUCUCAGUGGCACGUGUGGAUACUCCAGGGACUGAGCCUCGCUCACCGGGGCUGUCUGUCUCUGAUACUGAUGGAGCGGUGGGGGUGAAACAGCGAAUCAAAGAACUGACCGAAGAAGUGCCUACUACACUGUCACCACCCCAGAAGCCACAAUGUAAGCCACGUAACCUAGUAUCUGACCGCACUAAAAGAUUUGAGGCAGAGCUAGAAAGCCAUAGUUCCUAUGAGCUCAAAAGCCCCCAGCAGGUUGAAGAAGAUCUCAGCAAAAAGUUUGAUUACUCCACGAUUGAAGGGAAGUUUACCAAACAGGAGGAGAGGAAAGCAUCGUCACUGGGUGUUCAAGACUUGCCCACCAACUCUGGUUUUGAUAAUGAUGGAGUGCAAACAGUACGAGCAUCGAUGUUUGACCAUGUGGUGGAGAGGCAUAAUGUUCAAAUGAUGGAGGAUAACACUUCACAAGACCCAAGAGCACAGCAGGAAAGCACAAUUAAACCCAUGCCCAGUCGAAGCCACUCUUUGUGUAUUCAAGAUAACACCUUUAAAGCUCUUGAAGAUGAUGAUUCUGGUAGUUUGGUCAAAGCAACCUAUAGAGAACAAGUUUCUCCUUCCAGCCAUGUACGUGUGGAGCAUGUCUUUGACACUGUGGCUGUGUUUGGAGAGAGCCAUGCUGUUAGUGAGGUUUUGCCAACCGCUUCGCUUGAGGACAGAGCUAACACACUGCGUUCUCGGCGAUCAGCUUCUCAAGGUAAAGAGGACAGACCUACUCAUGAGAUAAGUAACCUGCUAAAAGAUGAAGCAGCCACUGCACGUUACCUCAGAGUAGGGGCAUUACACAAAUGGACUGCCACAGAGGCAGACAGAGAGAAUGAAUCUCAGAGGGAGCAACGGAGAGAGAUGUUGAGAAAAAUGGAAGAAGAGAUACAGAGGCAGACAGAAUUGCACAUAACUGCAGCAGCAGCAUUGGAGGAAGAGGAGGAAGACAUCGAAGCAGAAAGGAAGAAACUGUUAGAAGCACAAAGAGACAGAGAGAGGGAACGAGAGGAAGUUGCAGCACCCAAACGGCCUAAGAUGUUAGAAGCUGAAGAACAAAUGAACAAACCUAGAGCCACUUACUUUGCUCUGACAGGCCAGAUUCAAGAGCCUGUGCAUCAAGGUGACAGAGUGGAUGAGGAAGCAAUCUUAGGGAGAGUUAAACGAGGUAUGGUGGGUGGAGAGAACAGAGGGAUGAAGGAGGUUCCAUUUGAUGAUUUCACUGUUAGAUUAGGGCAAUGGGGUCCUCAGAAUCCAGUUGCUCCAUUUAGAAGAAAUCCUUCAUUGGAAGCUGCAAUGCAGAGAGAUUUGCAAGAGGAACAGCAUAAAAAUGACACUGGACUAAGAACAGAUCACAGAUUACAAGAAAGGGAACGGCAAAAAGCAGUUAGGGAGGAGAUGGAAAUAGAGAGACAAAGACAAGCAGAGUUUGAAAAGGUGAAGAAGCAGAGAGAUUUGGAGAUAGAGAAACAAAAAAUUGAAAGGGAGAAAAGGAGAGAAGUUGAGAAACAGAAAGAGAAAGAGAGACAAAAAGAGUUGCAAAGACAGAGGGAGUUGGAGAGACAAAGGGAAAUUGAACGACAGAAACGAGAAAAGGAGCGACAGAAACAAAUUGAAUAUGAGCGAAUGAAGGCUGCAGAAAAAGAGCUAGAUCAGCAGAGAGAGUUUGAGAGGCAACGACAAAAAGAGUUUGAACGAGAGAGAGAGAGAAUGCUCGAACAAGAGAUGCUUAAGCUUAGAGAAUUUGAAACACAGAAAGAGAUGCUGGAGUUGGAGAGACAAAGGGAAAUCGAAAGACAAAAGCAGAGAGAACUUGAAAAACAAAGAGAGAUGGAGAGGCUAAAGGAGUUAGAAAGACAGCGAGAUUUGGAGAGGCAACGAGAAUUGGAGAAACAGGAAGAGCAAGAGAGGGAAAGACAAAGCCGGUUGGAAAGGCAGAAAGAAUUGGACAGGCAGAGGGAACUUGAGAGGCAACGGGAGUUGGAGAGACAACAGGAGAUUGAAAGACAGAGGGAGACUGAAAGGCAGAAAGAACUUGAACAGAAGCAGAGAGAACUUGAGAUUGAGAAAUGGAAGCGACAGAAAGUAAAGGAGAGGGAGGCCAGGAAAGAGCUGGAAGAACUUGAGAGGAUCAAGGAGCUUGAGAGACAAAAGCUUCUUGAUUUUGAGUUGCAGAGACAGCGGGAAAGGCAACUCCAGCAAGAGCAAGUGAAACCGAGAUCAAAAAAAGAGCGAGAAGAGAGACAACAGCAGCCUGAACGACAGAGAGGAGCAGAGCGACAUCGGAUGGAGACAGAGCAAGAGAAAUCUAUACCUACAUCUCCACUUCGGCCUAAAGUUCUUGAUCUGGAUGCAGUGUCCCUUGGUUUUAGGAGUGGUCGAGACAGCCAUGAGAAUAGCCCCACAGCCCGAUGGAAGCAGCCCUCACUUCGUCCUGAUGAGCUUUACAAACCUGCCAUCUUAGACAUUGAUUCAUUCAGGAGUCAAACCCAACCUGAUACCUUCUCUUUAACUGGAUUUAGAGGUUUGGAGUCAGGAGGUGUUGGUUCAGUGAUUCAAGCUCGUCCACAGGCCACAAAUGUUCUCCAACCCCAAAUUGCUUCUCAAGUUCAGUCUCCUCCUCAGUCCCAGGCUUUCUUCCAGCCCUCCCCAGCAGAACGUAUGAGAACUCAACUCCCGCCUCCUCUGCAACCUCAAAUUCUGCAUCAAACCCAACCUCAUUCACAGCCAUUUCCUACAGAAAGACCUAGACCACAAACCCACUCAUUGAUUGAUACCUCAGAUUGGCCCUUAGGUGCUCAGCAGCCCAUCUCAGCUUUGCCCCAUGAGCAAACUAAUGCUUGGGGACAUACUCGAGCAGAGUUGGCUGUAGAUGAGCCCCUUUGGGUAUCAGCCAUGGAAGGAUCCAGAAGACCAAUUAGCACCAGACCUGGUGGCCUUGAUCAGCAACUCUUGCGUCAUGAGGAUAGAAGUUUAAGUAGCAUUUUGACACCCAGUUGGAACUAUUCCAUGAGUCCAGUCUUUAUUCCUUUACAGCAUCCCACUCUUGCACCAUCCAUGGUUCAAAUUCAAACUACUGUGCCGACUGCACAACCAGGUCUUGGACCCUUUGUAGCCCUUACAAUGACCCCAGAGAGAUGCUGGACCUCAGCACCUUUGAAUGUGGGGUCAAGUGGAGCUUUGGUUUCUUCUCCCACAACACCAUUAGCUAAGAAAGAGACUCCAGUACCCACUAGUCAUGUUGCAACCUUCUCUGUCACCGAACCUAUGUGGAGUCCAAACUGGGAGCUGGCAUCCCAGGGACAGAGAGAGAACCAUGCCUCACACAGGGACAAAAUACAACAGAAACGUUCAAGGAGUAUGUGUCGAAGAUCUGCCCCAACGGAAAGCUCUGCCGAUGGCCCGCUUACCCAUGUAAGAACUCGCAGAAGUCGCAGUGCACACAAAGAAAGAAGUGGCAAGAGCUCGGAGCUGGUAAAACAAUGUGUUAGUGGACAGGAGGAGAAUAAAGACACAGACAAUCUGGUGCAGGAGCCCGACAGUCAGUACGGCACAUGGGAGACUGGACUUCGCACAGAUGACAGCCUCACUCCAGCUACACCUUCAUCUGAUGACAACCUCACCCCAUCUCCACGGAAGCCCACCCCACCCCACACUGCUGAACAGCCCCUUCUCAUCGACACACCAGAUGGCUCGACAACAUCUCCUCAAAAGCAGACCGAGCUCCCAUUCCCAGAGACCCCCACAACACUGUUAGACUCCAGUGCACUACGUUCCAGGGUCAGUCUGAACAAGAAGAGCACUCGCAGAGCCCUGCCUUCUCGAGGUGCCCGUCACAGUGCCCUCUUAUCACAAGUACCCGAGGGAACCGGAGCAGAUGAUGAAUGGCGCUACAAGGACUCAACAGAGGAGAAGACAGACUCUCCUAAGCAGGGUGAAGACUCAGACUCUGAGGAGCAGGCCAAGGGAAUCGAAUCCCGUACUUCCUCCGUGUCUCAGCCUCAGAGAGUGGCGCUCUUCCCUGGCAUGGACCCAUCUGCUCUAAAGGCUCAGCUAAAGAAGAGAGGCGAGUCAGACAAUCAGACAGACGGCCCUUCACCCUCUCAGCUCUCACGCUCACCCAAAUCUCCAUUCUUGCCUCGAGCCUCCCGUGUGCUGCCUCCUGCUGGCGGCAAAGAGAAUCUAGAAGAGUCCUCACCUCAGUGGCUGAAAGAACUAAAGACUAAAAAACGUUUGAGUCAGUAUGAAAAUGACGGUACAGCCUGAACAAGCAGGAUGCCUUAUAACUGCAGUAUCUGUAGCUGUAACCCGUGACAGAAGCCUUAACCUUUGACCUGGAGUUGACCGGAAUUCUGCUGCUGCUGCUGACUACGACAUCAUUUUGUUUCAUUGGUUUUUCUGGCCUUCUUCUCCAGUCAUGUACAUGUGCAUGGUGCCUUUCUAAAAGAUUUCUGACUGACAUAAAGGGCGAAGCAGAGAUCUAUGUGUAAACCGUGUGUCCACGUAUGUGUUGUCGAGUUUCUCUUCAGCUCUCCGUCAUACGAGAGAGAAUUAUUUUUGCAUAGAGCCACUUUAACCUCUAGUGAGCGAGAGAUCAUCCUUCAUAGUGGAACUGUGGGUUCCAAGUAACCAGAAGUGCUUCAUAUAACUGGAGUAUGAUGUUGGUUUAUUUUUACCCUUUUAUGUUCAUAGUAGUACAGCUUCCAUGCUAUUUUUUGUUUGUUUGUUCGUCAUAUUCCCAUUGAUUUUGUUCAGUUGUUGGUUAUAGGCAUCAAUUGCACAUGCAUUUCC